UCAGUGCCGCCACUCGUAGAUUUGGAGAUGGUAGGAACAAACACGUCACAAUCGCACAUGUAAAUACGAUUAUAAUUAAGAAGGGGAAGGAGUUUACCAAAUCGAUCGGAGAGAAGAGGGAAACUGAGCGUGCUUUUCGCUAGGGUUUUUUUUUAGUUUUUUCCUCGCCAAGAACAACAGAAAGAACAAGAAGCUAAAGCAGACACGCCUCACUCUACACCUCUUCUGAAAUCGUUUUACUACUCUGGUCAAGGAGAGGCCUGCUAUGAGAGUAUGGUAGAAGUUGAUGAAGUCGAGAAUCUUGAAUUUAAGUGGGGUAAAAAAAGAGGACUUGGUGGCGGAAAGAAAGAUGUUCAGUUUUAUGAAUCUUUUACUUAUGAUGGUCUCGAGUACACCCUUUAUGACAAUGUUUUUAUUCGCAAGGAAGGUGACCCAAAGCCUUAUCUCGGCAAACUUAUAGAAAUAUGGGAGAAUCCUGAUACUUCAAAGGAAGUGAAGGUUUUAUGGUUUUUCCGACCUUGUGAGAUCUCAAAUUUUCUUGUGGUUAAAUUGACUCAUUCCAAUGAAAUAUUUUUGGCGUCUGGUGAAGGAGUAGGCCUUGCCGACAUUAAUCCCUUGGAAGCAAUUUCUGGAAAAUGCAAUAUAGUUUGCGUUUCAAAGGAUAGCAGAAACCCAGAACACUCAAAUGAAGAGCUCCAAAUGGCUGACUUUGUGUUUUACCGUACUUUUCAUGUUGGGCAUUGGAUUAUCUCGGAUAAGAUAGGCGAUAAAAUUGCUGGAAUUGAUGUUAAAUUUUUCUUUAACCGAGUGGGCUCUCAGAAGCCCUGUUCUGUUUGUAACCUUGGUAUAGACAAUACACAUGCUAGGGAGAAUGCUAUGGCAACAAAUGAAAGGGAUAUUUUGUGUAAGCUAAAUUCAUCUGAUGAUCAAUUUCCUGAAGAUGAUGAACAAGAGGGACAAAAACCUGUGGUUGGAGAGAAGCUAGCUGCCAAUGAUAGACAAGAGAAUGUCUUUGUUUGUAAAACUGCUUCUCCUAAAGUUGAAGAAAAUUCAGAUGUAAACGUGCGAUCAGUUAAACCAAAUUUCUCCCUGGGAGAGAAGCCUGUUUCUGUUGUAGCUACAGAGUCAAUUGAACUGACCAACAUCAAUGAUAGACAGGAAAAUACUUCUGGUGAGAAGAUAGAUUUGAGCUGUAAUGUUAAAGAAAAUGCAGACUUAAAAGUGUUGUUAGUUAAACAGGAAAGCACUUCUAGUGAGAAGAUAGGUAGGGUUGGUAAGUCUUUUGUCAAUCAAGUCAAAGUUGAUGAAAACUUUAAAUCAACUAAGGAUUCAGGUGAGGUAGAUCAGAGGUCACAGAAGAAAGCAAAGCUUGAUAGUACUGUGAAAGUGUCCAAUGACAAGAACACGAAUAAGGAUUCAGGUGAGGUACAUGAGAGGCCACAGAAGAAAGCAAAGCUUGAUAGUACUGUGAAAGUGUUCACUGACAAGAACAUGAAUAAAGAUUCAGGUGAGGUAGAUGAGGGGCCACAUAAGAAAUCAAAGCUUGCUAGUGCUGUGAAAGUGUCCAAUGACAAGAACAUGAAAAAAGAUUCAGGUGAGGUAGAUGAGAGGCCACAUAAGAAAGCAAAGCUUGCUAGUGCUGCAAAAGUGUCCUGUGAGAAGAACAUGAAUAAUGUGCUUAACCCAAACCAUGAUUUUGAUGGCAAUAAUUCAAAGCCCUCAGUGCUAAAUUUCACUGCUUCUGAAGAUAAAUCAAGACGUGCUAUAGAUCCUCUUGGGACAACUGGAAACUCUUCCAAGAAGGUGAAGGUUGAUGAUAAAUUCACAAAACCUACUAAUGGCAAGCAGUCCAAAGAAUGUCCUGCAUGGCCUCCAAAGGAUGGCAUCAAAACUGGUGAUAAAGCAGUGGGAGUUACCAGUAGGCCUGAUUCUGAUAGGAGCAAAUGGUUUGCAGAACUUCCUUGGGAAGAAAGAAUGCAGGAUGCACAUGAGCAUGGAAGACUUGUCCUGUUUCAAAAUUUGGAUCCAUGUUGCACUUCGGCAGAAGUGGAGGAUAUUGUUUGGAGUGUCUUCAAGGAAACUUGCAGAGCAAAGGUGGUGCAGCGGACUGCAUACUCUAGCCCCCAUUCUGCUCAAGCUUUGGCUAUAUUCAAAACAAGUGAAGUAGCAGAGGGGGUUGUUACAAAAUUGGAUGAGGGAUGCUUGCUGCUACCGAAUCGGAGGCCACUUGUUGCCAGCAUGGCAAAUCCUUGCUUUCCCAGGAAGCAAUCAACAUUUGUAGGCCAUCUCAUUCUUGAUAAACUCAAACCCCAACGGGAGAUGAAAGAAGCAGUAUCUACUUCACAUUCUUCCCAGCCUAACACACUUGAAUAUGAUAUGGCAAUGGAAUGGUGCUUGCUUGUAGAAAGAUCAGAUCAGUUCUGGAAAAGAUUAUAUAAGCGACAAGGGGAAGAGCUGGAAAAACUGAAAGCUAAAUUUACGUCCAAAUGAGCACUAAUAGUAUUUUGCUUCCCCUAAUUUUGUGUGUACUUUUGAACCAAAAAGAAGCCUUUUUGUGAAGCAAAACCACCAAUGUGGACUUUUUGUUCAGACCAUCUGAUGGUAUGUGGUCAAGCUGGUGGAAACCUGAUUCCAACUCUGUUCGCAGAUGCUCUCCAACCAGGUUUUGCUUGCUGGAACUGAUAGAAUAUGCACAAUCAAAGGCCCGAGCUCCUGUCCUAGGCAGUGGAGGCAAAUUUUGUGAUGAGCGGAUGUAAAUAUAAUUCUCCUUUGCGGCUCAGUUUUAGCAUGAUGUGCUAAUUCCUUAUACAUACAUACAUACAUACAUACAUAUAUAAUUCUGAUAUAUAAUUUUGAAAAAUACAUACAUGAUGUGCCAAUUAUGGGUGGGAACUUUGAGAGUUAAUUCUGAUAAAUAAUUUGCUAAGUGAACGUUUUCAAAUGGUUGCGGUCGGGGGAGUUGGGUAACUCUAGAAUUAGAACUUAGAGCAGUUGCUCAUCGAUUGAAGAAGGGAUGCAGUAUUUACUGGUUAGGUGGUUUGAUUUGGACAUCCCUACUACCGAAUUACCUGUAUGCGUUUUGUCCGUCUUGCACUUUUCGGUAGAAAGUCGACAGUUCAGAUAUUGUUAAUGGCUUAUUUAAAGGGACACUGACAUUGACUUAAUUUGCAAAGAAGAAACUCGAGACAACGUUGGUUCA